AUGUCAAUCAAUAUAAGUUGGUGCAAUGAUGUGGUUGACAGGUUACAGCCCAAUGUUGACACCAGACAGAAACAGCUUGCAGCAUGGUGCUCCCUUGCUCUGUCCUACUGCCGCCAUCACAAGCUCUACACUCUGGACGUCAUGGAAGCCCAAGAGAGCCCAGUGUUCAACCACAAGAAUAUUGAUAGUAUCCUUUUAUCUAUCAUGUUCUGAGAUUCACUUACUGACACGCAUGUCAUAGAUCUAACCAAACCAAAGAAAUCACAGGAGGCCAUCUGGCUCUACUAUCCUGUUAUUUGUUGUUGGAUAGCAGCAUACCACCCUGCAUCCCACUGGUGGCUUGCCUCUGAAGCUAAGCAGAGUUGGUCCUGGUCGGUCCCUGGAUGGGAGACCAGAUGCCAGUAGGAGGCUCUCUUUCUCUGGUUUAAGAAAAAUAUCCCAAUGCCCCAGGGUAGUGAUUGUGGACAUUGACCUAAAAAUAAUAUCCCAGGUCAGUGAUUGGGGACAUUUCCCUGUGUAGGGUGCUGUCUUUCGGAUGGGAUGUUAAACAGGUGUCCUGACUCUCUGUGGUCACUAAAGAUCCCAUGGCACUUAUUGUAAGAGUAGGGGUGUUAACCCCGGUGUCCUGGCUAAAUUCCCAAUCUAGCCCUCAUGGCCACCUAAUCAAACCCCAGCUUCCAAUUGGCACAUUCAUCCCCCCUCCUCUCCCUUGUAACUAUUCCCCAGGUCGUUGCUAUGAAUGAGAAUGUGUUCUCAGUCAACUUACCUGGUAAAAUAAGGGAUAAAUAAAUAAGACUUUGAGGCUAGGGAAAUGUAAUAAGGAUGUUCUCUGAAAUUAUACCCACUGAAUGUUUCACCUCAGAAACCUUAACUGAUCAUUCAGGAAAACUAUCAACGGAUGCCAUACUAAUUGUUUUUGAGGAAUUAAGGAAAAAAGGUAACAGGGCUGCUUUUAUUGAAGGAUGGAUUCUGAUACUUAUUCUGACACUAACAAUAAUUUAACGAUAUUGUUUGCAGGGAACCUGGAAUGGUUAGACAAGAACAAGACACGGUGUCUAGUCAUGUGGAGGAGGCCAGAGGAAUGGGGGAAACUGAUUUACCAGUGGGUGAGUAGGUCUGCUAUAGGCCCUGAUCUAAAGUAAUGCACUAUAUAGGGAAUAGGGUGCCAUUUGGGAUGUACAUUGUUAGAAGAAUACUGCAAUGUAGCAUCAUUAUAGAAGAUAUGCUGUAGCCUAGUAGUUUUCCAGCAAGUAAUAGUCUAAAUCCUGGUGUUAUCCGUACUCUGUUGAUACUUCUUGAUGAAAGGAGUUCAUGUUCCCUCUCCCUAUCAUUUCAGGUCUCUAAAAACGGUAUGGCCAAUACAGUGUUUACGCUCUAUGAGCUCGCCAACGGUGACGACACAGAAAGCGAAGGUAGCAUUUCUAUCUAUUCAUCAGUACCUAAAGACAUCUGUACUAUUUCAUACCUUCGGUUGAGCUGUACAGCAAAAGUAAUUAGAUGUAACCCAUUUCCCACAGAAUUCCAUGGGCUGGAGGACUGGAUGCUGAUUCGUUCUCUGCAGGCCCUGCAGAUGGACGGCAAGGCAGAGGUCAUCACCAUGGACGACGGGAAGGGGGUCAAGUUCUUCUGAAGAGGCAUUGCAUUGUGGGAUUGAUCAAGUGCUCAACUCAGACUGGGAACCUUUAUCCUUAUAGGCUGUGAGAGUACUGCUAGCCUGGUCUCAGAUCUGUUUGGGCUGUCCUGCCAACUCCCUGUGGUCAUUUGCGUGACACAGGAGGUGGCAAGACAGUGCAAACAGAUCUGGGACCAGCUUAAUGAAGGUUCUGCUGUUUAAAAGGCUAUUAUUUGCACCUCAGCACCCAAUCCAUGUGGUUGAUGAUAGUAAUUGUCAUUCUUUGGUUUAGGAAGUUGCCUUUUUUGGUUCACCCAAGUUAAAAGCAUUUUCUUAUUGGAAGGGAACCAAUCUUGCUAGUAAAUUCCAUCU